AUUUUAGCUUUCUGUCUUUUCACCAGAUUCUCUCUAUCGAUUUCUCCUUACUUCUUCUUCUCGCCUCUCUGCUUCGAUCAGAUCUCAAAUCAAUCGGAUCGAUACCACAACUUUAUCAAUUAUGACUCUUGGCUCUGGAGGAUCUAGUGUUGUUGUUCCGAGGAAUUUCCGGUUGUUGGAGGAGCUUGAACGUGGGGAGAAAGGUAUUGGGGAUGGAACUGUGAGCUAUGGAAUGGAUGAUGGAGAUGACAUCUAUAUGCGGUCUUGGACUGGCACCAUCAUCGGUCCUCACAACGUAACUGUUCAUGAAGGUAGAAUUUAUCAGUUGAAGCUCUUUUGUGACAAAGAUUACCCGGAGAAACCUCCAACUGUCCGAUUCCAUUCACGUGUUAACAUGGCUUGUGUCAACCACGAAACCGGAGUGGUGGAUCCUAAGAAAUUCGGGGUACUUGCAAACUGGCAAAGAGAGUACACAAUGGAGGAUAUACUGACACAGCUGAAGAAAGAAAUGGCCACGUCGCAUAACCGUAAGCUUGUUCAACCUCCAGAAGAUUCAUCAUCAUGGGCAUGGCCUUCUUGUCACCAAAACCCUAGAACACAAUCUUUCAGAGUCACCAUCAGUGCAAUCAACCCUAUUGACGUCGAAGAUGAAGAGGACGAGGAGGAUAAGGAAGAGGAAGAGGAAGAGGAGGAGAAGGAAAAGAGGGAGGAAGGAAAGGAAAAGGAGGAGGAAAAUCUGCUUCCUGACAUCAUUAUCUCCUCCCCAUCCUCUUCCAUCUCAUCCAACAUCGACGCCAUAGAAGAGCUGCCGGAGACCGAAUCCAUAGAGAAUGUGAUCAAAGGGAUAAAAUCAUCAAAAAGACUCAUCUUUGAACGUAAAGGAGAAUCGAACUCUAUUCUUGAAGAGAUGAGGAACAAGGAUUCAUGCUCUUGUCCUUGGAAUCCAACUACACUUUCUCUAAUUUCAAGUGGUUCAUGGUGGAGGUGGUUGCGGUACACUCGCUUCAUCGCGGCUACAUCCAAUUGUAUCGUGAAAACUACUGAAUAGAUCAUUGAUAUAUACUCGAUAAGUUGUGAUGAGAAAAGAAGCAAACAUGCACAAAUGCACUUGACGGUUGUCCUUGGUUAGAACAUGUUAUGUUUAGAGUGAUUGAUGCGGACAGAAGAGAUCACUUUCCGAGCUUUCAUCUUAUGUUAUGUGAUCAAUUAGAAUAUUCGUGAAAUCUUCUUUCGUUGCUUUCCAUGCGUGUGACUCAUGCCUGAUAUAGCUACGGUACAUUUUUUUAAAAAUUAAUAUAUUUUUGUAGUUGUUUACUUAUCAAAUAGAACAGAUUUUUCUUU